AUGGCAGGGGGCGCACCCGUUCCGAUCCCGGUGCAGGGCAAAGAUGCCAUGGUCCUCUGUAUGGAAGAUAUCCAGAAGAUAGCGAAUGAAAGAUUCAACCCUGUCGUCAGAGAUUUCAUCAACGAUGGCUCGACAUAUCAAACGACGAUCGCCGAGAACUCCAGCGCCUUUGGCAAGUACCGACUGCGGGGCCGCGUCAUGGUCGAUGUCUCCAAGCUCGACCCCUCAACCGUCUGCCUGGACCGUAAAGUCAAGUUUCCGCUGGGCAUAGCCCCCGGGGGCUUGCACGGCAUCGCGAACGCGGAAGGCGAGCUGGCCACGAGCCGCGCCGCGGCAGCCACAGGCGUCAAUAUGAUCGUUUCGAGUUUCGCGAACUUCACUUUUGAGGAAAUCACCAGCGCUGGAGGAUGCAAGGGUGGUGACGGGCCUGUCUCAUACGCACAGCAGCUGUACAUGAUGCGCGAUCGAGCACUGCAGGAGCGGAUUAUCGAGCGAGCCGAGGCAGCCGGUUGCAAGGCGAUAUACCUGACAGGCGACUCGCCGGUGCUCGGGGUGCGGUACAACGAAUGGCGAAAUGAUUUUCGUACGCCAGAAGGGCUCUACUGGCCGAUUCUGGAGCGGACCUCGGAAGACAUCCGCAACACCAAGCACGACACAGGAUUCAUGGCUUUCAACGACGACUCGCACAACUGGGUGCGCGACAUUGCCUGGCUGCGGUCCAAGACAAAGAUGCAGAUCUGGAUCAAAGGCAUCUUGACCGCCGAGGACACAGAGCUGGCCAUCCAACAUGGCUGCGAUGGCAUCCUGGUAAGCAAUCACGGCGGGAGACAGCUUGACGGAGUGCCUGCGACAAUUGACGCGCUGAUCGAAUGUGUCGACGCCGCGAAAGGUCGAAUUCCGAUCCACAUGGACGGUGGGGUCCGGAAAGGCACCGACAUCUUCAUUGCCCUGGCUCUCGGUGCGGACUACGUCUGGGUCGGCCGCCCUGCAUUCUGGGGUCUGGCAUAUAAUGGCCAGGCAGGCGUCGAGAAGAUGUUGGAUAUCCUGUAUGAGGAUUUCCGUCGGUGUAUGGCGCUUUGUGGUUGUAGUUCUGUCAAGGAGAUCAACAGAAGUUGUGUGGCCAGGAUGGGCUUGGAUGGCGUCUUGAGGCGGCUUGAAUAG